AGUGCAUUCUCAGAACCACUCCUGGAAUGGCUUAGCUUGCUUCACACAAAUCAAUGACAACCUCCUGUCGGCUGCAGGCACCCAUGAGCUACUUUUCACUUUAAUUCCUAUAAAGCGACACUGGUGGCUUUUAUGAUAGGAGCCGGGCUGGAGAAAGGAGACCGAAGGGACAGCAAGAACACCAUUAUCUUGUGAGUUCAAGGAUGGGCCAUCUCUUCUCUAUUUUAUGAACCACCUGCCUUCUCACAACUAUAACUUCUUACUCUCAGUGGCUUUUUAAAAUUCUGAAUUCUUGGACGAAAAAAAUUUAGGAAGAGAAGCCUCUCCUCCAUUCUCCAGACAGCAGGCCCCAGAAACAACCUCGGCAGUCCCCAAGGCUCUGGAUGAGAACAUGGCCAAUGGUAUUGAUGAACUGAUUGGUAUUCCCUUCCCCAACCACAGCAGUGAAGUCCUGUGUAGUCUGAAUGAACAGCGGCAUGAUGGCUUGCUCUGUGAUGUCCUGCUGGUGGUCCAGGAGCAGGAGUACCGGACCCACCGGUCAGUCCUAGCUGCCUGUAGCAAGUACUUCAAGAAGCUCUUCACAGCAGGUACUUUAGCUGACCAGCCUUAUGUCUAUGAGAUUGACUUUGUCCAGCCAGAGGCACUGGCUGCCAUCCUGGAGUUUGCCUACACAUCCACCCUCACAAUCACAGCCUCCAACGUAAAACACAUCCUGAAUGCUGCCAAAAUGCUAGAGAUUCAGUGCAUUGUUAACGUGUGCCUGGAGAUCAUGGAGCCUGGGGGGGAUGGGGAAGAGGAGGAUGACAAAGAAGAUGAUGACGAUGAGGAUGAGGAGGAUGAGGAGGAGGAGGAGGAGGAAGAAGAUGAAGAUGAUGAGGAUGAGGAUGAUGAGGCAGAGGACUUUGCCGACCAGGAAAACCUGCCUGAUGCCCAGGAUAUCAGCUGCCACCAAAGCCCUUCUAGGACAGACCACCUCACAGAGAAGGCCUAUGCAGACACCCCAAGGGACUUUUCCAACCCUUUCCAGGCUAAUGGCAGCCCUGGUCAUCUAGGGGUCAUUCGUGACUUUUCCAUUGAGUCUUUACUGAGAGAAAACCUCUACCCCAAAGCUAACAUCCCUGACAGAAGGCCUGCCUUAUCACCCUUUUCCCCGGGCUUCUUUCCACACCUCUGGCCUGGAGAUUUUGGUGCCUUUGCCCAGCUGCCUGAACAGCCCAUGGACAAUGGACCCCUAGACCUGGUCAUCAAAAAACGAAAGAUCAAGGAAGAGGAGAAGGAGGAGCUCCCGCCGCCACCACCACCACCACCCUUCCCUGGUGACUUCUUUAAGGAUGUGUUUGCUGACCUCCCUGGGGGACCCCUGGGACCCAUAAAGGCCGAGACCGACUAUGGCACCUAUCUCAACUUCCUGAGUGCCACCCACCUAGGUAGCAUCUUUCCCCCAUGGCCGCUGGCAGAGGAACGGAAGCUAAAGCCCAAGGCAUCUCAGCAGUGCCCCAUCUGCCAUAAGAUCAUCAUGGGGGCAGGGAAACUGCCACGGCACAUGAGGACGCACACAGGGGAGAAGCCGUAUAUGUGUAACAUCUGUGAGGUUCGAUUCACCAGGCAGGACAAGCUGAAAAUCCACAUGAGGAAGCACACAGGUGAGCGGCCUUACCUGUGCAUCCACUGCAACGCCAAGUUUGUACACAACUAUGACCUCAAAAACCAUAUGCGCAUUCACACAGGUGUCCGGCCCUACCAGUGCGAGUUCUGCUACAAGAGCUUCACCCGUUCAGACCACCUGCACCGCCACAUCAAGCGCCAGAGCUGCCGCAUAUCCCGGCCCCGCCGAGGCCGCAAGCCCGCUGCGUGGAGAGCGGCCAGCCUUCUCUUCGGCCCCACUCCCCCGACGGAGGAAAAGGCCUUCAUGAUGCCCCCCACCCUGGGGGAGAUCGGUGGCCAUCUUGGCGGGGCGGCCGUGUGCCUGCCGGGCCCCAGUCACCCCAAGCACUAUCUGGGGGCCCCAAAGGGAACCCUCAGCCUGCAGGAGCUGGAGCGACAGUUUGAAGAGACGCAGAUGAAGCUGUUUGGGAGGGCGCAGCUGGAGGCAGAGAGGAAUGCGGGGGGCCUCUUUGCCUUCGCCUUGGCCGAGAACAUGGCUUCCCGACCCUACUUCCCUCUCCCAGACCCAUGGAGUGCUGGGCUUGCCGGGCUCACAGGGCUGGCAGGACUCAACCACGUGGCCUCUAUGUCGGAAGCAAACAAUUAGCCCUAACUUUUGUCUUGCCCAUCUGUCUCCUGCUCCUCUUCCGUACCGAGACUCCCUAUUGCCCUCUCCCUCCCCUUCUCCCUUGCCCCAAGACGGGUUUUGUAAGUUCUCUACAUUUUAUUUUAAAAAAAGAGAAAAAGAAAAAAAAAAAGAAUAGUAGCAAAGCCACACAACCCGGCCUCCUUGGGCAGCAGCCACCAAUUUUCUCACUCCAAAGAAGAGAAAUAACCUUCGAAGGGAAAUAGCUAUUCACAACUGGACACAAAAACCUAAGCAUACCUGGGCCCUAGCUUCUUUCAUCUUUCUUCCCCAUCACAGAAGCCAGGGAGGAAACAUUUUCUCAGUACAGAGUUGUAGCAGUAGCUAGAUGGAGGUCAAUUUGUCAAGGAAGGCCAGGAAGUAAGCAGGAA